UAGCUCCUGAAAAGCAUCUAGAAAAAUAAUUCCGAAACAUCAGCAUUCAGCAUGCUCCGGAGAAAGGGCAAGGCCGCAGUUAUGGCUCAGUGCCGUGACUGCUGGCGACUCUACCAAGCGACCCCAAGCCACAUGCAGACGCGCCAGUUCAAAGUGGCACUUAUAGGAGCAGCCGGCGGCAUUGGCCAGCCACUGGCUCUGCUGCUGAUGACCAACAAGCUGGUGACAGAGCUGGCCGUGCACGACAUCGAGCCUACCACGGGGUUCCGCAAGGACCUGUCGCACAUGGACUCAGGCUGUCAGGUGAAGGCGUACUUCGGAUCAGACCAGAUGAAAACGGCCAUCAAGGGUGCCGACAUCGUGAUGAUUACCGCGGGAAUGCCGCGCAAGCCGGGCCAGACCCGGGACUUCCUGUUCGACACCAAUGCCCCCAUAGUGGCGAAGGCUGCUGCCCUGGUGUCCGAGCAUUCGUCCCAUGCGCUGGUGGGAAUCAUCACCAACCCAGUGAACGCUGUGGUGGCCGUUGCGGCGGAGGCAAUGAAGAAGUGUGGCAGGUAUGACCCUAGGCGUCUCUUUGGGGUAACCACGCUGGAUGUGGUGCGGGCCGAGAAGUUCAUUGGGGACCAUAUGGAAAUCCAUCCAAGAAAGGUGCGGAUACCCGUGAUCGGCGGACACGCCGGCACCACCAUCGUACCCAUCUUCUCGCAGUGCCAGCCGCCCUUCGAGGGUGACAAGGAGUGCCUCGAGUCGAUCGUGAAACGCAUCCAGACAGGCGGCGAUGAGGUGGUCAAGGCCAAGGCCGGUAAGGGCUCCGCCACCCUAUCGAUGGCCUACGCGGCCGCCCGCUUCACCAACGCCCUGAUGCGAGGCCUCAAGGGCAAGUCCUGUGCGCCCGAGUGCGCCUACGUCCAGUCCGACGUAACCGACGCCCCCUUCUUCUCCACCCCACUCACAUUCGGCAGGAAAGGCAUCAAGAAGAACCACGGCCUGCCCAAGAUGAACGAAAGCGAGAAGAAGCAGGUGAAGGUGGCCGUCGAAGCGCUCAAGCAGUCCGCCGCCAAGGGCGUGGAGUACAUGAACAAAAUGAGGGAGUAACAGCAGAAUAUCAGA